AUGAAAGCCAUCAUUGUGACCGGCGCAACUGGGAAGCAAGGGAGCGCUUUAAUCCGUAACCUCGUAUCCAAGGACUCACCGUACGAGAUCCUCGCCAUUACUCGAGAUUCAAACUCCGAAUCCGCCCAGCGUCUAGCCAAACUAUCCCCGAAAAUCCGACUAGUCGAAGCAAACCUCGACAGUCCCGCUGAUGUCUUUGAGAAUGCACGCACCGCCAGCGAUAACCCCCUCUGGGGCCUUUUCAGCGUCCAGGUAUGA